AUGUUCAACAACAAACGUGUUCUGCUCACGAUCAAAGUACUUGGAGGAGAAUCGAGCAAGAAAAUUGCCAUCUCCUCUGACGAAACUGUUCAAGUAUUGUUUGAUAAAAUGUGUGAGAAGUUGAACAUAAGUGAGAAGAAGUACUUUGGAAUUUGUGAGCAAAUUUAUGAUGAUUUGAAUGCCCCUCUAGAUCGCUUCUUGUCCUUUGAAAAAUCCAUUGAGGCCGAGGGGAUUACAGAGCUGUCUGAAUUAAAAUUUCAAAUCAAACACAUCAAGAGGCCUAAAGGAUUCACGGACUCAAUCGCUGAAGAGCUAUUCUUCAAGCAGAUCCAAUACAACAUAGUGAACGAGGUGUAUCCAUGUCCAGAGAAGAUUGCAGUUCUGCUUGCCUCCCUUACUGUACAAAUUUUGUUUGGAGACCAUGACACCAACAAACAUCGUAUUGGGUAUUUGAAUAAGGUAGGCCUAAAUGUCUUCUUGCCCAGAACUGUCUCCAGACAUGACUAUGCGUAUUGGCAAGAACGAAUCUUCAAUCUUCACAUUACUCAUCAUGGCCUCUCCAAAAAGAAAGCCAUGCGUAAAUAUAUUGAUAUUGCCUCAACAAUUCCGUAUUUCGGGAUGUCUUUCUUUGAGGUCAAGGAUGAAAGUGGAACUGAGUUAUUACUAGGUGUGGCUGAGGAUGGAGUGUUCUUUUUCAAUUCUCAGAAUUUAAAACUUGUUCAUACGUUACCCUAUGAUGUACUCUCUUCGUGGCAUCUCUCCGAUGAUGGUGUAGAUAUUUGUUUUUACGAGAAUGAUGAAGUGCACACCAUCUCAAUCCUCACUCCGCCACUGAAGAGAACAAUGAUUGUAGCACUCAUUGACGAAUAUUACGCUCUGCUUCCAGAAAAGAUGAAGAAUGAUCGAGUCAAACCCAACAAUCCUAAGCCUUUCCUAUUGAACGACUCAUCACUCUAUUUGGAUCCUGUUCAAAGAACGUUCCUUGGUCGUUUUGGAAGCCGGCUCGAGUAUUUGAAAGGUUACUAUAUGGAGUGCUGUGCGCUUGGCAAGGAAGUUCCUGUUCGUAAAUUCUGUCAAGCCAUAGAUAAAUGCAUUGACAAUGACGAGAUUUACAAGGAUGUAGAUCUUUCAUUUAGUAGCAUUACUGACAAUAAUAUCACAUUUUUCACAAAAUCACUCCUCAAAGCUCUGGAAUACAAACCAGAAAGAAAUUUCCCUUGGAAGGAGAAUAUGGAAUUGGAAUCAAUUAAUUUGGGAGGAAAUAGUGUUAAAGUGGGACUAGGAUGUAUUUUAGACUUGUUGAGACAAUUGAAGAGGCUCAAAAAUUUAGAUCUGUCCGACAAUAUUCUCGGCGAUGAUGGUGCUGUGGAGCUCGCACAAACAUUGACCAUAGCUGCAGAUAUCAGGAGUAUCGGUCUCUUCAAUUGUAUGAUUGGAAAUAAGGGUUUACAAACCCUCUACGAAUCAUUGAAAUGGAAAAAGAAUUUAACCAUUCUCAAUUUGGGGAAAAACGAGUUCAAUGGUCAAAACAUGGCUGAAUUCGGAAAAUUCCUAAGCGGCAAUCUUUCAAUAGCCGAGUUAGAUCUUUCGUAUAAUACAAACAUUGAUCAAAAAGGAAUUGAGGUACUAUUGAAAUCUUUGGAAAAUAAUAAGAGAGUUCAAAAACUGAAUCUGGCAGGAAUGCCUCUUGGAACCAAAGGAGGGUUGAAAGUAGCUGCUCUCCUCGAAGUGAAUCACAACAUUAAGGAACUUGUAUUGUAUGAUGCCAAGUUAACUCCUGAGGUUUUCCUUAAAAUUGGAAGAGCGUGUCGAACAAAUCUAUCAUUGGAAAUUUUGGACUUGUCAAGAAAUAACCUUGGCAAAGGAGCGGAUAAGAAUACAGUUAGAGAGACUCUCCUGUUCUUGGCUCAACCCAAUUCCGGUCUAAGAGAAUUAAUCCUUCGCGAAAAUCAAUUGGAUUUUGCAUAUGGAGAAAUCGUGGCCGAGUCUUUGAGAUCUAACAAGACUUUGGUCAAACUGGAUAUUUCCUACAAUAACAUCACAAAAAAUGGAGCUAUUCACGAAAAUUGGGGAGAGACCAUCAGAAAAUUCCAGACCAAAAUAUUGGAUUUUACCAAUUGUGGCCUCAAAUCCAGUGCAUUCCUUGACAUUAUUUCAGCUGCAACAAGUAACCAAUAUGUCGAGGAGUUGCAUUUGGCUGAAAACGAUCCAAAAGAAGGCCUUAAAGGAUUGGAGGCUUUCCUAUCCAAAACACAAAUCAAAAUUCUUGAUUUAAGAAAUCUCAAAAUCAAUGAUGCCAUUUUCGAAAAGAUGGGUCUCGCAUUAAAGACCAACACAUCCCUUGAAACAUUGGAUCUCUCAGAGAAUGAAAUUACCAAAGAAGGAAUCACAGAAUUUUUGCAAAAUCUCGAGAGUAAGACUUCUGUCAAGAAUCUCAUUCUUGAAUAUAACCUUAUUGAGGAAUCAGAAAAACCAACGAUCGCCAAACAAAUCCUUGAAUCCACUCCCAUUGAAAAUAUCACCAUGUAA